GAAAAGUACACAGGGAAAGAUACGAUUCAUCAAUGAGUUAGGUAGCUAGGUAACUAUAGUUUUAGUAGCAAAUGACAGCGAUCAGUUGAUCGACGACAAAAGACAAUGUUGUUCAUUAUUGAGUAUAAUAGGAUUAGCUAGCUAGUAGCUAACGUUAGCUAAUGUUAAUAGAGUGGCAAAGCUAGCUAGCAAGCUAACCUUCCGCUAACUAGCUAGCGUAGCUAACUAACUAGUUAACGUCGAACAAUAUCCUUUUAAAAACGGGGGUGUUUAUUUCAAUAUUUCACCCCCGUCACAGACGGUAAAACAACAACAACAUGGCUGUCCGUGUUUCAAACCCCGACAGGUGGUGUCUCCGUAACAAAAAGCGAACUAGUUAGCAUUUCGCGCUAGCUAACGUUAAUGGUGGUGGUGGUGGGGGGGUUUGAGUUGCUUGGCAAAGCUACAGUGUUUAGUCCAGGUACUGAGGUCUGUGGUGGGGCCCUUAGCAGACCGUAUGUCCUGAGUUGGGAGUGUACGGAACAUGAAAUUGUCCUCGACAGUGCGAUACUGAUCCCCUUGGUAACGGGAACGGAACCGUUUUCUUUCUACCUCAUCCGUGAUGACCGAGGUGGGAGUGAAGUGGGCCUGCGACUACUGCACCUAUGAGAACUGGCCGUCCGCUGUGAAGUGCACCAUGUGUCGUGCACAGUGUCCCAGCAGCCCCAUAAUCACAAAGGAGACCUACAAUAGCAGCCCCAGCAGUCUUAGUACGGAGCCUAGUUGUGGCUGGCAGGACCCUCCAAGCCCCGAGGGAAGCUGUGGUAGCCUCCUCAUCUACCCAGACUCCAGUGCCAGGCCCCGUGUCAAGCCCCCCAGCAUGGCUGAGAAUAGCUCCAAAUGGUCCUGUCAGAUGUGCACCUACUUGAACUGGCCCCGUGCCAUCCGCUGUACCCAGUGUCUGUGUCAGCGCCACCAGAGGACCCCAUGCAGCCCCACAGAGGCCCCCCAGACAUCAGGCUCCAAUGUGGGCCACCGCCCAGCCCCUCCCCCCAUGGACCCUAGUACAGAGGAGUACAACGACCGGAACAGACUCAACAGACUCAACACCCGAGGUGGUGGUGGCGGCAGUAGCAGUGGGCAGCACUGGACUUGCACGGCCUGUACUUACCAGAACUAUCCCAAGACCCGGAAGUGCAUUGUCUGCGACCACCCACAGCCUCAACCUAACAACCGGGAGGCUAAUCCUAUAGAGCUGGCUGGGCAGUCCGAGGAGUCUCCCUCCUCCACAUCCUCAAUCAUCAAUGAACAGGACAGAGACGGGGCCAGGUGGAGAGGGAGUGGGGGGAGCUGCAGUAGAGGGCUGAGCGGGGGACAGAGACAGGGACUGGGACAGAGGAGGACUUCUCCACCCACCUCUAAGAAGGAGGCGGAGGUAAAGAUGGACUUCCAGAGGAUUGAGCUGGCGGCCGGGGCGAUGGGCAGUAGAGAGGAGCAGCAUCGUCAUCCGGAGAACAUUGAUUUCAAGAAGACUAAACAGAUUAAAAACAGGAUGAGGAAAACUGACUGGCUGUUCCUUAAUGCUUGUGCAGGUGUGGUGGAGGGGAACAUGGCUGCUGUCGAGGCCUACAAGUCGUCCGGCGGUGACAUCGCCCGUCAGCUGACUUCAGACGAGGUCCGCCUCCUGAACCGCGCCACUGCCUUCAACGAUGGCUUUACGCUAGUUCACCUGGCCAUCCGCUUCCAGAGACAAGACAUGUUGGCUAUCCUUCUCACUGAGGUGUCCCAGCAGGCAGCUAAGUGUAUCCCUGCCAUGGUGUGUGGUGAGCUGACAGAACAGAUCCGCAGGGAGAUCGCUGCCUCUCUGCACCAACGUAAAGGAGACUUCAACUGUUACUUCCUCUCUGACCUGGUGACCUUCACUCUACCCGCAGACAUCGAAGACCUGCCCACUGCAGUCCAGGAGAAGCUGUUUGACGAGGUGUUAGAUCGAGAUGUACAGAAAGAGCUAGAGGAGGAGUCUCCCAUCAUCAACUGGUCCUUGGAGCUGGGUACCAGGCUGGACAGCAGACUGUAUGCCCUGUGGAACCGUACACAGGGAGACUGCCUGUUAGACUCAGUACUGCAGGCUACCUGGGGGAUAUACGACAAGGACUCAGUCCUCCGCAAGACCCUCCACGACAGCCUGCAUGACUGCUCUCACUGGUUCUACACACGGUGGAAGGAGUGGGAGUCGUGGUAUUCUCAGAGCUUUGGUCUCCACUUCUCCCUCCGAGAAGAACAGUGGCAGGAGGACUGGGCCUUCAUACUCUCUCUGGCCAGCCAGCCUGGUGCCAGCCUGGAACAGACUCACAUCUUUGUUCUAGCACACAUUCUUCGUCGACCAAUCAUCGUGUACGGAGUGAAGUAUUACAAGAGUUUCCGUGGAGAAACGUUAGGCUACACUCGUUUCCAAGGUGUGUACCUGCCCCUGUUGUGGGAGCAGAGCUUCUGUUGGAAGAGUCCCAUCGCCCUGGGUUACACACGCGGACACUUCUCUGCCCUGGUCGCCAUGGAGAACGACGGCUACGACAAUCGCGGCGCGGGCGCCAACCUCAACACUGACGAUGACGUCACCGUAACCUUCCUGCCGCUGGUGGACAGCGAGAGGAAACUGCUGCACGUACAUUUCCUGUCUGCACAAGAGAUGGGUAACGAGGAGCAGCAGGAGAAGUUGUUGAGGGAGUGGCUGGACUGCUGUGUAACGGAGGGAGGCAUGUUGGCCGCAAUGCAGAAGUCGUCCCGUCGACGUAACCACCCGCUGGUCACACAAAUGGUGGAGAACUGGCUGGAUGGAUAUCGACAGAUCUGUCCCUGCGCCUCUCUCUCCGACGGGGAGGAGGAGGAGGAGGAAGAUGAGUGAAGGAGGGAAGGACACAGUGACACAGACACAGGAGAGGGUGACCAAGAGGAGGAUGUGGCGUCACUGGAUGGGACUCGAGACCACUAGCAUCCUUCAUACGGUACCAUACGCCUCCUCACCUCAAGAGAGAGAGGAUCCACGGUCUUCUGCGCUGCCGUCUGAGGCUGUAUCCCAAAGCACAUAGGGUUCUGGUCAAAAAAGUAGUGCGCACUAUAUAGGGGAAUAGGUUGGCAUUUGGGAUGCAGGCGGAGCGAUCAAUGGUCUUUCACUCUGCCGUCUCAGAAGCACUGAAGAGAGGAGACCUGCUCUGGUUCUGAAAGAACUCUUGGAACACAUUCUAGAAUCUCCUCAACAAACCAUGGCAACAACAAUGGGUGCGUUCGUAAAUUCACUCUGGAGUGCGUUGUCAGUUCGUAAAUUCAGAGCGCACACUGGAACGCUCUGGCCGAGGAGUAGGGUUGAUCUGAGCGUCCUGACCUCACAACGGCAAUCAAGCACACAAGCUAACUGGCUAAAGUUGGUUAGCUUGCUAGCUACUUCCAGAUACAUAAUGAGAGAACACGUCACUCUGACCAUGUUACUCCCCACAGCAGAGCUGGUUAGGCUGUUUACAUGUUAUCCAGAGCGUUGGUGACUGUAACUGUGCUGCUGGCAACAAUUUAAUUACGCUUUUCUUUUUGCAGAGGUUUACUGACACCGGUCAUAUUCAACGGGUGUGUUGCGUGUUUAUAAAUGAAUCAGUUAUUCUGCCCUCUGUCACACGGACGACAUUCUGUUCUGAAAUGGGAGUAGAUCGCCAGAGGGACUUUACGAACGCACCCAAGGACAAACAAAACCACCAAGUAGCGACCCAUAUUAUUUCAAAUAAAGAACUAUAGUUUGUGAAAUGUUAAUCGUCUUUAAAAUAUUUAGUUUAGUUUUUUUUUCUCCCAUUUUCCCCCAGUGUAAUUAUUUAUCCAUCAUUGAUAAUAAUGCAUGAGUUGUAUAAAUGAUGUACUAGGAAACAAAGUGAUUACCAGCAUCAAAGUGGAAGACAGGAAUCCUCAUUGACUAUCACUACUAUGGACGUCUACCUACGAAACCACAUCACUAAAUACAUUUUUCUCUAAACUUUUCCCGCUGCCUAUUUUGUGAUUGAGAAUACUUGCCGUUUUCAAUCCACCGGAGAGACGUAAGCGCUCUCUCUCUCUCUCUCUCUCUCUGUCUCUCUCUCUCUCUCUCUCUCUCUCUCUCUCUCUCUGUCUCUCUUUCUUUCUCUCUCUCUCUCUCUCUCUCUCUCUCUCUCUCUCUCUCUCUCUCUCUCUCUCUCUCUCUCUCUCCAUCUCUCUCCAUCUCUCUCCCUCUCUCUCUCUCUCUCUCUCUCUCUCUCUCUCCCUCUCUCCCUCUCUCCCUCUCUCUCUCUCCAUCCCCCAUCCACCGGAGAGAAGUAAGCGCUAUAUUUAGGAAGCCAUAGUUAUAUUUAAAGAAACUUAAAAGACGCCGACGUCAUGAAAUUAAACUGUUCUAUUUAGAAGAUUGUAAAUGCGAACAGAAUUUAGCUGAAAGCUAAAUCAGAGUUAUUAAAGAGACUUCUCAUCCCACAAA